AUGUCUGCCUCUCGCAUGCCGCAGACCAUCAUCGACUUGACGGGGAGCGACGACGAGGGUGCUGGCUCACCCUCGCGUCAAGCAAGCUCUGCCUCCGCCCGCGCUCCCAAGCGCGAGGCAUCCGCCGCCGACCACGAUGAGGCACCACCUCACAAGAGACCUCGCACCGGCUCCCCAGCCGCAUCCCCAGCAGACCAGCUUGCCGACACGACGGCUGGUGCCACAGCCAGCACUGAAGCUCCGCGGAUAGAUCGCACUAUCACCCGCAAGAGUGCGCUCGACAAGAUGAAGCAGCGCGCGCCACGAUACCUCACAACCUGGUCCAGCGAAGAGGGCGUCGAAUUCAAGAACCCAGACAAGUUCUGCAUCAAACCGCCGUUCUACAUCCGCUGGCAACCUCACGAUUACAUCAACCUCGCCGAGCACAUCCGCUACCAAUUCGACCCCAUCCCUUUCGCUCGCGCAGCCGACAAGCCCGUCGAGGAGGUCAAUAUCAUCGCCGCCAGACUCAUCUGCAACCCACUCUACGAUGCCGGCGAGGCGAUGAAGCGUGGCCAGGAAGGCAUCGACGAGAUCAAGGCGGCGUUCAGGGCGAGUGCCACGCCGAGCCGUCCGUGGGCCAACAGGACGAUCAAAGGCGAACUCGACGCUAUCAAGACGGGCGGUGAAUUGAGGGUCAUUUGCGACGAUGGCAGUCUUGAGGAGAUUGGUGUCGAUCAGCUGGAUGUUACGGAUACGAAGUAUCUUGACUCGACGCUGUCGAAGGGCGAUUGGAUGCUUUUUUAUGGCAGGAGUGAGGAGGCUUAUGAUGAGAUGAUGGGAAAGAAUGAGGGUGUGAAGAAGAACGGCGAGGCGAAGAAGAGAGGUGACAAGGCGAAGACCGACGACGAAGAUGAGAACGACAACGGUGAGACCGAUGAAGAUCAGGCCGACGAAGAUGAGGAGAAGACCGACGACGAUGAGGCCAAGAGAGAUGCUUCGAAGAGGACAAAGGGAAAGGGCAAGGAGGCUCAGCCUGAGAAGCAGAUGAAUCAAGCUCGCUCUGAUGAGGCAUCGAAGAAGCGCAAGAGGGAUGUUUGA